AUGUUUGACAAUGUCGCGGAAUGUAUUGAAUAUAUACUCGAGUGUCAAUCAGAAAAAAUAUUUUUUAUCCUUGCCGAAUCAUGGUAUAUUACUGUUGUACCUGUUAUACAUGAUCUUGAACAGAUCCAUUCAAUUUAUGUACUAUCAUACAAUCAACAUGUAUACUGCCAGGAGCAACAGUAUUCAAAAGUAUGUGGUGUAUACAAUACGAUUGAUGAUAUACACGAAGUACUCGUUCAAGAAGUAGCUGUACUCACUACAGCAAAAGAUCUUGCAAUAAGUUUUAUGCCAUCAACAAGUGGUAACUCUAUAUCAUUAUCAAAUCGUCUCGAAGCAUCUUUUAUGUACUUUCAAUUAUUAAUCGAUGUACUACUUUCUAUCAAUGUAGGCAAUGCAAAAUAUGACAUGAUUAAUGAAUGUCGUCGACAGUAUGACGGAAAUGAUUAUCAACUGAAUAUUAUUGAUGAGUUUGAACGUCAGUAUACAAAUGGUAGAGCUAUUGAAUGGUAUACACGUGACAGUUUCCUCUAUCGAAUAUUAAAUAAAGCAUUACGAGUACAAGAUAUCGAUAUUCUAUUCAAACUUCGUUUUUUCAUCAAAGACUUGCAAGCUCAGUUAGAAAAAUUAUAUGAAGAUGAUGAAAAAAAACGGAAUGGUAUAAUCGUCGUUUAUCGAAGUAUACUAUUAGAUGUCAACGAAUUUGAAAGGCUCACAAAGAAUAAUGGCGAUUUUUUAUCCAUUAAUAGUUUUAUGUCAACAACAACUGACAGAAAUAUCGCAUUAAUUUAUUCUGGUGGUGGUCUGCAACGCCCAUCACAAGAAUCAGUUCUAUUUGAAAUAAUGGUUGAUCAAGAAAAAUGUCAACGACCUUUCCAUAAUAUUCGAGAUCUAAGUAGUUUUUAUGCUGAAAAUGAAGUGCUUUUUGCUAUGGGAAUGAUCUGUCGCAUUCAAUCGAUUCAAGAAGUAGAUGGUGUUUGGAGUGUAAAGUUAACAUCGAACGAAGAGGAUGAUGAAGACUUAAAAAAAUUACGAUUGCAUAUGAGGGAAGAACUUACCAAUGAGACUAAUAUAGUUCCGUUUGGUAAAUUAUUAAGUAUGAUGGGUGAAUAUGAUAAACUUGUACAAUUUUAUCUGCUCAUGCUAGCAGAAAUGUCAGACGACGAUCCAAAACGACAAAUUUUCCAUAGUCACCUUGGCGCCACUUACACAGAUUUAGGAAAAUAUGAAGAAGCAUUACCCAUGUAA